AUGUGGACUGCCAGUGAUUUGGUGGUUGAGAUUGGGUCCAUUGCUAGCCUCCUAGAGACUAGGCUGAAGGCUUUCAGUGCUGGGAGCCAAAAAGGGAAGGAGUUUGAGGAUGGAAUCAUCAAGAACUUUUGCAACAAGGUCAAAAGCUUGCCAAGUUUGACCAUGGCUGAUGCAACACAGCUGUAUGAUGCUGCCAGUUCAUCAUGUUUGUCAAAUGAUCAGCAAAGAGCUGUCAAUGAGUGUGUUGAUGAGAAGUUGAGUAACCCAUCCUCAGCUUCUCAUCCAUCACCAAGUGGCCCUGUGACACCCCAAUUGGUCGAGCACUUGUGGAACUUUUUGACCAUUGCUGAAUGGGAACAGGUGAAAGACAAAAACCUUUGUUUGGUUGCAAAAAGCAAUGUGAUUGCCAAGCGCUUGAGGCUUUUGGGUGUGAAAAUCUUACAUGAGCAAACAACUGGCAGGGCAGUUGCAAUUUUGAUCAGUGAGCUCACCACCAUGCCAGAGUACAAGGUAAUCCAUCAAAUGGUUGAUGAGUUCAAGAGCAUUUUCCACAAGAAUGACACCAAAGCAGCACCCUUUUUUGUGAAGAAGUUCCCAGAGAAGCCUGAGCAGCUGACUGACAUGCAUCUUCAGCAUGCAUAUGGGGAUGCUGAAGGGGAGAACCAGCCUAUUCAAGACCUCAAUCCACAAAUGCUUCAGCAUUUGGUUGCCAAACAUAUUCCUUUGAGGAAGGACAACAAGCUGCUGAGGGAUGCAGCUAAAUCCAGUGCCACAGCUUCAAGCUCAAAAGAUAUUGCACCAUCCCAUGAAGCUGCAACACACUCUUUUGCAGCUGCUUCACAAUUCAAGCAGAUGGAGAUGUUCUACAACUUCAUGAAGAUGAUGGAGCAGCAACAACAUGGGCAACAACAAGGCCAAUGUAAGGUGAAAAUCUCUCCUACCAAGAGAAAGGCAUUGGCUGAUGAGCCAUCCUUUCAGCCAAAGAAGAGGCAUGCACUGCCAAUCAUGGACAAAGCUGCAGAAGCUGAGGAAGAACCUGAAGCUGCAGAAGCUGCUCCAGCUGAAACAAAUGAACAAGCUGCCACUUCAGCCAAAGCUUCUGUAGCUGCACCAGCAUCUGAAGUUAGUGGAAGUGAUAUUGAGAACAUGGCUUUUGAGAAAUUGCGCUUGGCCAAGAACAAGACUGUGCCAAUGAAGAAGCCUCAAGCUUCCCCUUCAGCUCUUGCCCAGAAAGCUUCCAAGUCUUCAGCCAAGGGCCCUGCAACUACAUCCCCCAAGCUGAUGAAGAAGCCAAGCUCCAAUCCAAUGCAUGUGUGCGCAGGCAUGACCAAGCUCUCAGACUACAAGAUCACCAGCAUUGACCCUGAGGACUUGCAUAAUGACUUCAACAUUGUGGGCAGCAGGCAUUGGAAAAGGGCCUUCAACUUAGCAACCAGGCUUGGGGAAAGCAAGGAGAAGGCCCAGAGCUUUGCUGAGAAAAUGCGGCUGGAAGCUAAGAAGCUUUUCAUGAAGGAAAAGCAAAAGAUGCAUUGA